GCUUAUGUGUUUCUGUUCCAUUUUAACGUGUAUGUUCUGUUCUACUUGCUCUCAAGUUUCAUCUUGGGCUGUAGGCUGUAGCAUACCAUGACCACCAAGGAUCCAAAAUCCGUGUACGACUUUGUUGUCAAGGAUGCUAAGGGAGAUGAUGUAGAUCUCUCCUUUUACAAGGGAAAAGUCCUUCUGAUUGUCAAUGUUGCUUCUCAAUGCGGCUUGACCAACUCCAAUUAUACGGAGCUGAAUCAAUUGUAUGACAAGUAUAAAGACCAAGGCCUGGAGAUUCUGGCAUUUCCAUGUAAUCAAUUUGGUAAGCAAGAACCAGAAAGCAAUGAUAAAAUUGUGGAUUUUGUCUGCAGUCGCUUCAAAUCUGAAUUCCCCAUCUUUGAUAAGAUUGAAGUGAAUGGGGACAAUUCUGCUCCUUUGUACAAAUUCUUGAAGUUGGGGAAAUGGGGAAUUUUUGGUGAUGAUAUUCAGUGGAACUUUUCCAAGUUUGUGGUUGAUAAGAAUGGACAAGUAGUGGGUCGCUAUUAUCCCACCACUUCUCCUCUCAGCCUUGAGCGAGACAUUCACCAGCUUCUGGGUAUUUCUUGAAGGCAAAAAGAUAAUGUCUUCCUGAGCUCAUUAUGUUCCCUUAUGUGGUGAAAAUGUAAUGCAAAUAUGCACAAACUGAUGCAAUUAAUCUUAUGGACAUCAUAUAUACCAUGUUCCAUAUCAUGAAUUCGUCCAUA